AUGGCUCAGAACGAAGCACCCUACGACCCUUACAUCCCUUCCGGCUCCAACGGCGCCCAGGGCAACGGACAAAAUGGCAACCAGCGCACCGCCGCAUUGCAAGCACAAAUCGACGACACCGUCGGCGUGAUGCGCGAAAACAUCAACAAGGUGUCGCAACGUGGUGAGAAUCUUGACUCUCUGCAGGACAAGACCGACAACCUGGCUGUCUCGGCCCAGGGCUUCCGCCGCGGCGCCAAUCGCGUGCGCAAAGACAUGUGGUGGAAGGACAUGAAGAUGCGCGUGUGCUUGGUAAUUUGCGUGAUCGUCCUGCUGGUGGUGAUUAUUGUGCCCUCUGUGGUUGCCACCAAGCACUAA